CUCUACGUCUACUCCUCCGCUCUAGUAGAAUCCUCACUUCUACAUCUUCUUUUUUUCCUCUUCCCGUCGCACAAAUGCCAAUCACCAACGGUGACGCCAUGGCCAACAACGCUGAGGGCGCUUUGGACUAUUCCAAAGCUCUCGACAUUCUCAAGAACGAGUACUCUCAGCGUGACGGAAUAGAUGUCAACACACUUAUCGACUCGGCGAAGAAUGGGGGUUUGACCUACAACGAUUUCCUCAUGCUUCCUGGUUAUAUUGGCUUCCCUGCCUCCGAUGUCACCCUCGAUACCCCCGUCACGAAGCGCAUCACGCUCAAGACCCCCUUCGUUUCCUCCCCCAUGGACACGGUCACGGAACACAACAUGGCCAUCCACAUCGCUCUUCUGGGUGGUUUGGGCAUAAUCCACCACAACUGCUCCGUUGAAGAGCAGGCGAGCAUGGUGCGCAAGGUCAAGCGUUACGAGAAUGGUUUCAUUCUUGAGCCAGUCGUCAUCUCGCCCAGCACCACCGUUGGCGAGGCCAAGGCCUUGAAGGAGAAGUGGGGCUUUGGCGGUUUCCCCGUCACCGAGAAGGGAACUUUGCGAUCCAAGCUCGUUGGAAUCAUCACCCCCCGCGAUAUCCAAUUCCACGAUAACCUUGAUGACCCCGUCACGGCCGUCAUGUCUACCGACUUGAUCACCGCGCGUCAUGGUGUCGACUUGAAGGAAGCCAACGAUCUCCUUCGCCAGUCCAGGAAGGGCAAGCUCCCCAUCGUAGACGAGGACUUCAACUUGAUUGCGCUCUUGUCCCGCUCGGACUUGAUGAAGAACUUGCACUACCCGUUAGCGUCCAAGCUUCCUCACUCUAAGCAGCUCAUCUCUGCUGCUGCCAUUGGCACACGUCCCGAGGAUAAGAAGCGUCUACAAGCGCUUGUAGACGCUGGUCUUGACAUCGUCAUUUUGGAUAGCAGCCAGGGUAACAGCAUGUACCAGAUCGAAAUGAUCAAGUUCAUCAAGGAGAAGUAUCCUGGUCUUGACGUGAUCGGUGGAAACGUUGUUACUCGCGAACAGGCUGCGGCAUUGAUUGCUGCUGGUGUCGACGGUCUCCGCAUCGGUAUGGGAAGCGGAAGUGCUUGCAUCACCCAGGAGGUCAUGGCUGUAGGCCGACCCCAGGCUACGUCCGUCUUCAACGUCACCCAGUUUGCCAAACGCUUCGGCGUUCCCUGCAUUGCCGAUGGUGGUAUCCAGAACGUUGGGCAUAUCGUAAAAGGUCUUGCCCUUGGUGCCUCCACGGUUAUGAUGGGUGGCUUGCUUGCUGGUACCACCGAGUCUCCUGGCCAGUACUUUGUCAGCCAUGACGGUCAGCUGGUCAAAGCCUACCGCGGUAUGGGCAGUAUUGAUGCCAUGGAGGAUAAGAAGGCUGGAGCCGGCAGCGCCAACGCGAAGGCCAGCAACGCUGGUACCGCGCGUUACUUCUCCGAGGGUGACCGCAUCCUUGUAGCUCAGGGUGUCUCCGGAUCCGUUCGUGAUCGCGGAUCCGUCACCAAGUUUAUCCCUUACCUCCAGGCAGGUGUGCAGCACUCGCUCCAAGAUAUUGGCGUGAGCAGCUUGAAAGCACUACAAGAUGGCGUCGCAAACGGCACCGUCAGGUUCGAGCUCAGAACUGCUAGCGCACAGGCUGAAGGCAAUGUCCACGGUCUGCACAGCUUCGACAAGAAGCUUUACUCAUAG